UGCAGGAAACAUGGAAGAAAACCGAGUGAGGGGUUCUUCUCCAUUUGAACUACAUCUGGUGCACUUGGAUCUUAAGGGAGCUCCACCAAAGGUCUCAUACCUAGCAGAGAUCUUCCCUUUGUUCCAUGACUUGGGGGCAAAUGGAAUUCUCCUUGAGUAUGAAGAUAUGUUUCCUUAUGAUGGAGAGUUGAAGCCACUCCAAGCAAAUGAUGCCUACAGUCCCUCUGAGAUUAAAGAGAUUUUAAACCUGGCAAAAUUGCACAAGUUAGAGGUCAUACCUCUGGUACAGACCUUUGGACACAUGGAGUUUGUCCUGAAGCACAAAGAGUUCCUCCCCCUGCGGGAAGUGACAACGUUUCCCAACACUGUGAGCCCCCAUAAAGAGGAGUCCCUGAAGCUGGUCAGCGGAAUGAUAGACCAAGUGCUAGCACUGCAUGAAGAACUUCGAUGGUUUCACAUCGGCUGUGAUGAGGUUUAUUAUCUUGGUGAAGGGGAAGAGUCCAAGAAGUGGCUGCAGCAAGAAGAAAAUACCAUUGAAAAGCUAUGCCUGGCUCACUUGAAGGCAGUGGCUAGCCAUGUGGUCUCAGCCCACCCCACGGUGAAACCUGUUGUAUGGGAUGACAUGCUGAGGGGAAUGAGUGAAGAAACGUUGAAAGAUUCUGGGAUAUCACACCUUGUGGAGCUGAUGAUCUGGGACUACGCUCCCGAUCUUGAUGUCAGCAGUAAAGCAAUUCUCAUAGAAAAGUACCAGAAGUGUAACUUUCCCAAACUAUGGUUUGCUAGUGCUUUUAAAGGGGCCACUGGAGUAAACCAGUGUCUAACACUUAUUGGACAUCACCUUAAAAACCACCAACAAUGGUUAAAAGUGGCUGAGAGCGCUCCUGCUGGUAUCCUCCAAGGAAUUGCCUUGACUGGAUGGCAAAGGUAUGACCACUUCUCUGUUCUGUGUGAGCUUCUGCCUGCCGGAAUUCCAUCAUUAGCCAUAUGUCUCCAGACACUAACGAACGGUGGCUAUUCAGAAAAGGUGAAAGAAGAUGUGGAAAAACUCUUAGGGAUCUCCAGUCUGGAAAUAGACACUUUCAUGAGUGAAAUCUCAGGGACUUUCCCAGGAAGUGAAAUUCUCUCACUUGUGACCCAAAUAGCUUUCUACCUCAAAACCUCAGUGGAUGAACUUCUGGAAAAUAACAGGUAUGUCACAGGCUGGUUCAGCCCUUACCACAGAAAGCGAAAGAAGAUCCAUCCUAUAAUGGUUCAUCUCUUUCAGCCAGAUGUACUAAGGCUUUUGACCAAGUGGACUACAGUGACCCAGGAGCUUCAAGCAGCCAUGGAGAAAGUCUUCUAUAGGUCUGCCGUAGAGGAAUGGAUGGAGGAAAAUACCCAGCCCAGCCUACAGAGACUUCAAGGCACAGUAGAUGACUUGGACAGAGCGAUACAGGCAUUAACAUAGCACUCCUACAGACUGCUUUACAGAGGCUCAGGAUGGUACAACGGGUAUCCUGCAGCUGAAAAUAAUGUAGUGUAAAUGUCAGAUGUUUCUCUGAGAGUUAAUUGCACUAACCGGCUUGGAAUUGAUCUUAACAUGAAUUUUUGAAGAGUGUAUCCUAGUAUACAAAA